CUGGUCUUCAUCCAAGGGUUGAAACUAAGUAGCCGUUAGUUUUAAAGUUCAAAUAUCUCUAUUACAUUUUUGUUUUUCAUUUUGUUUUUUUCUCUUGGUUUUUUUUUCUUCCCCCUUAUAUUGAGAGGGAUAGAGAGUGAGCGUGAGUAAAAGAGGGAUCUUCAAUACGUAGCGAUCGGAGAGAAAGAGAGCGAUUUCGGUUCUGGGUUUUACAGAGGUUUGCUAAAGGAUCUCUCUUUCUCUCCUUUGUUUGAUCAACGUGGAUCCACGGGAAAGACUACUAUUAGGGUUUACGAGAUUCUCUGGGUUGGAAAGAGAUUGUUGGUUUGAUUUUGUGAUCAGACGUUGACUUAAUUUUGCGGUGGUUCUUCGAAUUGACGGCGGAAGAUAACGAAGGAAAAUGGGUAAAUCAGAUGAGAAUAGCCUUGGACUAAUUGGAUCCAUGAAUCUUCAAGGCGGAGGAGGAAAGAUCAUGCCGUCGGCGAAUACAGGACCGACACGGAGAGCACUAAGCAACAUUAACAAGAACAUCAUGGAGGCGCCGUCUUACCCUUAUGCUGUUAACAACAAGAGAUCACUCUCUGAGAGGAAUGCCAUCUGUAACAAACCACCUCUGCAUCGGCCAGUUACUAGGAAGUUCGCUGCUCAAUUAGCUGAUAAUAAGCCACAAAUUCAGGAAGAGGAAACUAGGAAACCAGAUUCGGGUUCAAGUGUUGAAGCAGAGAAGGUCAUCAUCGAUAUGGAUCAUAGUGAUAAGGAGGAAAGAGACGACUUUAAUGAGCCGAUGUUUGUACAACACACUGAAGCAAUGAUGGAGGAGAUUGACCAGAUGGGGAAGGAGAUUGAAAUGGAAGAUGCAGAUAAAGAAGAUGAGCGAGUGAUCAAUAUUGACGCUUUCGAUGAGAAGAAUCCUUUAGCCGUGGUUGAAUAUAUCGAUGAUAUAUACAACUUCUACAAGGAAUCUGAGGAACAUAGUUGCGUGCCUCCUAACUAUAUGGACAACCAGCAAGAUCUUAAUGAGAGGAUGAGAGGAAUCCUCAUUGACUGGUUGAUUGAGGUGCACUACAAGUUUGAACUGAUGGAGGAAACCCUUUAUCUCACAAUCAAUGUCAUCGAUAGAUUCCUUGCGGCUCAUCAAAUCGUGAGGAAAAAGCUUCAGCUAGUUGGUGUCACUGCUUUGUUGCUAGCUUGUAAAUACGAGGAAGUCUCGGUUCCAGUAGUAGAUGAUCUCAUCUUGAUCUCUGACAAAGCAUACACUAGAAGAGAAGUACUAGAUAUGGAGAAGCUAAUGGCCAACACCUUGCAAUUCAAUUUCUCUUUGCCUACUCCGUAUGUGUUCAUGAGACGGUUUCUCAAAGCUGCCCAAUCUGAUAAAAAGCUUGAGGUUUUAUCGUUUUUCAUCGUCGAGCUUUGCCUCGUGGAGUACGAGAUGCUGGAGUUUCCUCCGUCUAAGCUAGCAGCCUCGGCAAUCUACACUGCUCUGUGUACACUUCAUGGAUUUGAAGAAUGGAGCAAAACAUGUGAGUUUCACACAGGCUACAAGGAAGAAGAGCUACGGGCAUGCGCAAGAAAGAUGGUUGCUUUCCAUCACAAGGCAGGGACAGGGAAGCUAACAGGAGUUCACAGGAAGUACAACACAUCAAAGUUCUCUUAUGCUGCUAGAACUGAACCAGCUGGCUUUCUGCUUUAAUGGAGGAAAAAAAAACUUUAAUAAAAAUGAUGUAUUACUCCAUUUUUUACUCUAAAAUGUAGUAAUAUGAUAAUGGAGUUGGAUUUCAAAUUUUCUUUUUCUUUGAACGAUAAUACAAAUUGUUUAUCAUCCAUGAAGGUGGGGAAAUACAGCAAGAAUACAAAGUUUGAUGAUUCGUAA